AACAAAAUGGCGGUGGAUGAGUCACGCCUGAAGUGUGAGAAAAACGACCUAAAAACAUCCAUACUUUAUUCCUAUCUAGCAGAAACAAAUACGAAAUGGAAGCCCGUUGGUCUAACCUUUGUAGAGUACCCCGAAGGUUUGGAAAAAGUUUGUUUUUCUAUGUGAAAAAUGCUGUUAUUUUCGCGGUUUUUCCCCGGCUAGUGUGGCUAGGGGCGGGUAAAAUGCUGAAAUAAGGAGGCGAUGUUGUUGUUAAGGUAGUUCGUGUUGUGUAUGUUUGUUGAGGUAGAUUUGGUGGGAGUUUAGGGCGAUGAAAAGAUAAGGAUUUGGUUGAGAUAAUUAAUAUAGCCUGAGGGUGUUGUACAAUAUAUAUGUACGUUCUAUUUUUGUAACAAUUACUCAAUUAGUGACCAAUUAUAAAUAAUUAAGUGUCCAUAGAGAAAUUCAUCCCAGGUUGCACACUUGUUCUGCAAAGCGGGGAGGGUGCUAGUUACACUCCUCCCAUACAGGAAAUUUCUGCCAUCUGGAGGGGAAGGGGAGAAAAAUUUGUUUCUGGUAAUAGUAAGUAUAUUAGUAGGGUUGCACCGGAACCAAUUUUUUAAGUUCCGGCCGGAACCGGAUCUGACCGGAACUGGAAAAAAGUUCUGGCCGGAACUGAUUUAUUAAUCCGUAUUUAGUCAUAUGUUGCCAGACAGUCAGACACUUCAAAUCAUCAAGGAGAGAGCUCACAAAUUUUAGAAUAAAAAGAUUGACAAACGUUAAAUGUCAUAAUGAAGUGUUAAUAGUGUACAUUUCCCUUGCGUAGUCCAAAUUUCUUCCUGCUGUGAACUUUUGUUCAACACAAAAACGUUUGAUAUCCUAUCUCCCUGAAAAUGACAGGGUUCCGGUUUAGCCCAUGCUUUUUAUAUUAGUUCUGGCUGGGACCGGAACUCGGGGUUCCAGCCGGAACUAACCGGCCGGAACCAAGUUCCGGUGCACCCCCAUAUAUUAGGACAUCCAGAGAUGUUAAUUUUCAAUUUUCUCUGUGUGGGAGGUUUGGAUAUUUUUUGGAUGAUGUAAUUACAAAAAAAAAACAGGACAGAAAGUUAAUUGACUUUUCUGUGGAAAGCCGUAAGGUAUAAGGGAGGGGUCAAAGAAAUUGCGGAACAAAUCUGUGUUCUGGAAAAAAUUAAUUUGUAAAUAAUCUCUAACCUUCAUUUAAUAAUAUCCUGGCCAUUUCUCAUUCCAUGACCUUUCCAAAAACUGAGUUAUUAAUUGGUAGCUUUGAAUAAUCAGUAAUAGACUGACCAGCCUGUGUUGAACAUGUUCCGUGUGUAUUUUUCCAAUCUCUUACAUUUCCUUUGCCUUAUUAUUUUUUAUUCAAUCAAUUUUAUUUUCAGGAGAUCUAGCUGGCAAAAUCUUGGCCUGGUUAAGUUUAUCCCCAAUCUUUAUUCUCAUUGGUUUUGUUGCUGUGAUCAUCUUUCGACGUGAGCUACAUACGGUACAAAGUUCUAUAAAAUUAUUCCUAGGGUUGAGCCUGGAGACUCAUCAGAUAAUUACACAAAGUUGUGUCGGUCAUGUGUGCCACCCGCCCAUCAACAUACUGUAUUUGAAUUGUAAUUGGUGUUCACAGUUUGCUAAUUACCAUUAUGUUAUUGCUCAAAUUACUGUAUCUCAUUUCAUGUCUCUAUUAUUUUUUGCUUUUUCAUGAAAAAUAGCACCCCUCUGGCCAGGGCUAUGGGGGUGCCCACACCCCAGUAAAUCCAUCCCUGUAUAUCCUUCAAAAUUCUGCUUGUAUAUCCACAGCAGCUGAUUUUUAUUACAAUUUACAAUUGAAGAUACUGUAUUUAAUACAAUUUACAAGAAAUGUAGAAAAAUUCAAUUAUCUCGUUUUCAGGUAGCGUUUUUUCUUGGCUGUGUCUUGAAUGAAGGUCUAAGUAUAGCAAUCAAACAUGCAAUUAAAGAACCACGACCAUGCAGAAGUCCUACGUCACAUUAUAUAGAAUAUGGUAUGCCAUCGAGUCACGCUGCAUUUGUUGCAUUCUUCACGACAUAUACACUUUUUUUUGUUUAUGUAAGGUAAGGAUUGUGUACACUCAUAUAGACCCAUUGCACAUGACGUCAGAGCGCCGGUGACGAUGCAUCUGGAGGACAAAUUAGCAAUCUAUGCAUAUCAUAACUUUUGUAAACAAAGCAAAUUGUGUAAAACUUUAUAAUAAUUUUGUAUUAGAAUGGUUAAUUUUUGUGCUGUAUGUGGUUGUUGUACCCGAACAGAUAUUGUUAGGGAACAUCUGGAGGACACAUCUGGAGGACACUACCUGUCCUACACCAGCACAUACCUUUUGCUUCUCUCUAUUUCACCUUUUCUUUUCGCCUUGGGCCUUUGUUCCUACUGAAAAACAUGUUCAAAUGUGUCCAAACAAAUGUCAUUUAAUUUUUUGUUUACAGACUUCCUUCACCAUCAAGUGAGUUUAUUGAUAAUCUAUGGAGACAUUUAACGUCACUAGGCCUGCUCUGUCUAACUGCAGCGGUUUCAUUUGGCAGGUAAGUCUUUAUGAAGAGAGAUUUUGGCAACGCAGCACGAUUUUUCAAUUUUUAAAGGUUAUGAAAAGAAGUUUUAAAAACUAUAUAGACCAAAUGAAUCAACAUGCUUGUGUGAUGUUACUCUGAGUGUAUAUCCACACCGGGCAGGCUUGAAAAAUAUGCCUGGCCAUAGUGGGAUUCGAACCUACGACCUUUGGAAUACUAGCCCAACAAUCAACAUGUUAUAAGCGCUACUAAAUAUCUGAGAGAAAUUUAAAUCCGUAUCAAAGCUAUCUGUCGGUGAAAGAAAAUACUGAUGAAUCUAUCAUCUGUGCAGGAUUGUUGUAGGUAGUGGUCAGAUUAUUCCGAUUAUUGUUAAGUAUAUAUAACAGCAGCUUCAAAAUAUACCAUGUUUAUCCCCCCAGGCUCUUUUGCCCCCACAGCACACAUGCCCCUAACAAGUGUGUACAACGUUUUUUUAGGGUAUAUUUACAUUAUCACACACUUCAUCAAGUACUUUGGGGACUGGCACUAGGGUUGUGUUUUGGAAUUGUUUGGUUUUUAAUAGUUCAUAAUCUACUCACACAGUUAUUUCCAGUGAUUACGUCAUGGUAUGUAUGCAGAUGGUAUUUUUGGCAUGAUCUUACGGUCCUGUUCAUACUAUAUUAUUAGGUCAAAAUCGGCUAAAAAUGGCCAUGAGAGGUGGAAAUUUUUUAUUCUUUCUGGAAACUUGGGUUUAGGGUUCAACAUUUUCUGCAAAACAAUAUUACAAUAAAUAGGGAAAAAUAACAAAAUUGUCGUUUGUGAUUGUGUUGUGUCUUGACUCUUGAAGACUCAAGUAGUCAGUACAGUAUAGUUGCAGUAUUACAGGAUUAAAAACAAAUUUCCUUCUGCAGGCUAGAUGAAUAUUUUUAUGAAACUUUUCUGCUGUAAUUUAUAGGUAUCAAGUUAGUAGAUUGACUAGGUGUUUAAUCAUUUCAAUAAUUGCGUACAUUUAGUAAUUUAAAUAUUACGUAUAUAUUUACUGUAAAUAGUCUUCUUUUUUUCUUUUUAUAAUCUAGUCAUACUUUUAUUUAUGUGCCUUGCAUGGGUCUCGUUUUCCCGUUUGCACCAGCCCCCAUUGGGCGCACACCUUGUAAUCUAUAAUUUUGUGUCCAAUAAAGCUGAGAUCUCACAGAUUGAGUUUUAUAUGCGUUAACAAAGAGCAUGCACAUCUCAGUCAGGAGGUGAGAUUCCCCUGGCUAGCUGGGCUUAUAUGAACACACCCUAAUAAGUCUUUUUCAUGUUGACAUAUCAUGUCAAGACAUUUCAUGAGCUGAUGGGUAUUAGGGAAAGCUAAUAACAUUGACAUGAAUGAAAGCGCUACUGUAACAGUAUGCUAUGUAUGUCACGUUUGAACUGAAAACAAGCUUUAAACUACUUAUGUCUCAUAGAGCCUGUUCGCAGGCUAUAUGUCUCAUGGCUAUAUUAAUUAUAUUCCAGGAAAAUUUCCGAGUAUUUCUUGAUCCGGGAUUCGACGAGGAUACCAAGUAUAUUAUGGUUUGAAUAUACGAGAGCUAGGGAAGAAGUCAGGUAAACUUUGCUUAGCGGUAGAAAAAAUAGGCCAGCAUGCGAGCACUGCUCGCAGGAAAUGUUAAACAGCUGCAGGAAAUUCGUUUGAAUGAAGAUUUGCUAUUGAAAAUUUGAAGGAAACCUUAACACCCAUGUUCCACUAUGGGCGCAACAACAUAUGGUUGACAGACAUUAUUCCUUGAAUUCAAAACCAUGGUCAGCUAGAACACCAUUUGUUUAUGCACAUGUACAUUUAACACAAAAAUACUCCGUUGGUUUGCGGGAAAUUUUUGUCUCCAGGUUGUGCUCCCAGGAAGAAAAUUCUUUUUUCCCACCCUGACUUUGCUCUUCAAUAAGGUUUAAAAAACCAGAAAAUUUUAAUCAGAGUGUUUUUGGAGUGUAAGCAACUCAAUUUAAUCUGUUGUGAAAUUUUUCUACGUAGGAAACGACAAAGAAGAAAAUCAUCUUGAGGAAAUGUUUGUAUUUGCUGGCCGAAACAACAAUCCUUUCAAGACCAUGCACUAGCUUGUAAUAUAUCCAUAUGUUUUUGUAAUAGGACUUUAGGCCAUGUUCUUAACCAGUGCGCUAUAGGAGAGGGCGUCAUCCACCUGAAAACACUCAAAAUGGCAGCAGGGUGUCCCCUCAUGGCCUUGAAAAUCCUGGAAAGUCCUUGAAUUGGAAAAAGAAAUUCCAGGACUGGAAAGUCCUUGAAAAUCAGUAGAAGUCCUUGAAAGUCCUGGAAUUAAUUUCCUUAAGGUUACAGGACACCUUUGAGUGUUAAUUUUGCCUCAAUUUUUUUUUAUUGGUUUCCAUGAAAGCAUUAGACUAGUUCUACUAUCUCAUCAAGUUUGAACGAAAAAUGUUGAAAACUCGCAGAGUUAUUUAAUAAAAUACAUUUCGCUGCAAUAAGAAAAACAUUGAAAAUGUAAUAUUCAAAUUCAAUUUUCUCCCGAAAAGGUUUACGUUAAUUACUGAUUUUCAAACGAGUGGUGCUCCUGCGGGUUUUAACCAAUUUUUCUCAAAUUUUCACAGGACAUAGCUAAAGACGUCAGUUUCAAAAUUGUGUUCGGCUUUUUUUUAAUUUUGGAUAUUUUAAAAAUAAAGAGCAAUUCACUCAAACAAUUCAGAAAUAUAUUGCAGUCGUCAAAGAAAUCGCCAUAUCAGCGGAAUGACGAAAUAAACAAAAAUUUCCGAACAAUUUUUUAGAACAACUAUUUUACUGUAUAAAAAUGAUAUUUUCAUAAAUAUAACUUAAAACCAGCAGGAGCAUAACUCAAAAGCGUAACGGUGCCGCGAUUUAAGAUUUUCCUGAAUAAUUCUUACAUUAUUUUAUUGUUUGUUAAUUUUAAAACAUUACCAUAUUUUGCAUGCACUGGAGAACAUUUGGUGAAAAUUUGAUGAAAAUCGGACUGAUAUUGAGCGCGCAGUAGCGAUUUUCCGCAAAACGCCAAAAAGGGUGUCCUGUGACCUUAAAGGCCAUGUUACACGAUGCCAUUUUUCUUGCAACUUGCAAUGCAACUCUACUCUUGAGAGAUGUUAAUUUGUGAAAUCAGUGAAGAAUUUUCGAUAUGUUGAGAAAACAUCGGCGGAGUGUAAUGAAAACUCGUAUUUGGCAAUUUUACAUCCCUCAAGAGUAGAAUUGCAUUGCAAGUUGCAGGAAAAAUGCACCGUGUAACAUGGCCUUAACCUCCAGCUGUGCCAACAGUUGUGAUUUUGAUUGAAAUUACUGAAUAAAUUGAAUUAUUUCCGUGCCAUUUUCAAACAUUUUUCCCAGUUCUAGGUCCUUGAAUUUACUGAAAAAGGGCCUUGAAAGUCCUGGAAAAGUCCUUGAAUUUCACCAAAGGGUGGACACCCUGUAGCAGGCUUGGCUUAGGCUUCAUGGGAGGGGGGGGGGGGGGCAAAUGCCUCCUAAGCGCACUGGCUAGGGGCAUUUGCAUUGCGACGUUAUGGUAUAUACUCUGUGAUGCAGACAAGGCUGCUGUGCGGUAUAUACUCUGUGAUGCAGACAAGGCUGACGAGUGCAAAUCGUAUUGACGAAUAUCGCUUUUUAUGCACUAUUUAAUUGGUCGAAUUUCAGUAAGCGUCAUAGCACGUUUGACAUUUAGAUAAACUUAGAAUAUUUAAACAAGAAAUCGAUCUGUGUCUCCAGGGGUAGAAAUUUACGCUGUUCCGUUAUCCCAGAUACAGUAAAAUGCCUGACUGAACAAUAAGCUUCGUUAUUUCAGUAUUUAUAGUGGUUGGUAUUAAUUUUUAUCAGUUAGUCUUCUCCACAGGCAACUCGGUUGGCAAAAAUAGAAGAAUUACGCAAUACUCAUGAUGGAGAAAUGAUGUGAGUAACAGGGUAUCACGAGGGAAAAUUGUGCAGUGAGGAAUCUUCUCUCAUUUACUAGCUCCCAAUCUCUUGACGUGCUCUAUCAAGUAUUGCGUAAUUCUUCUUUUUUUACUGACCGAGGUGUCUGCUAACUAUCAUUACGUUUUACCGUUUUAAAGUUUUGUUGAUUUCCUAGUUGAG